AUGGCGACCUCUCCAAUACCUGAGAAGGUCAAAUUAAACGGCCACGAACGACAGAAGACCAAUACUAGCACCAUAGACCUCCAAGCCGUCAACCGCACCGCUACUCAUGAUGGCGAAGAGAUUUUGGGCCUACAAGAUCUCGAUCCAGCUCUCAAUAGGAAGAUACACUUGGUCAAUAAUGCCAUCGACGAGAUAGGUUGGACGCCCUACCACACCAAGCUCUUCUUCCUCAACGGUUUUGGAUACGCCGUCGACUCCCUCGUCCUCCUCCUCCAAGGCGUCAUCGCAGGUCCAGCUUUCCGCGAGUUCGGAGAGAAGGGAUAUGACAACGCCAUGACCAUUGCUGGCUAUGUCGGCAUGCUUAUCGAAGCAUUGUUCUGGGGCUUGGGUGCUGACAUCAUUGGCCGCCGGUUCGCCUUCAACGUCUCCCUCCUGCUGUGCUCCAUCUCCGUCAUCAUCGCUGGGGCCAUGCCGAACUGGCCAUCUCUGGGCUUGUGGAUCGCGCUUAUUGGGUUUGGUGCUGGAGGAAACCUCGUCUUGGAUACGACUGUCUUUUUAGAAUAUCUGCCCGGGAGCAAGCAAUGGGUGCUCACUCUGAUGGCUGGGUGGUGGGGAUUGGGUCAGGAUGUGACUGGGUUUGUCGCAUGGGGCUUUCUUGUACCCGAGAAAUGGAACUGUCCAUCGGUCGAUGUCUGCACAAAGCAAAACAACAUGGGGUGGAGAUACGUCAUGUUCACCAGCGGCGCCCUUGUCUUCAUUAUGUCCAUCCUUCGAGUCACCGUCAUUCGACUGAGAGAGACGCCCAAAUACCUUCUUGCUUUGGGUGAAGAUACACAGGUUGUCAAUACCUUCCAGUUUCUGGCAUCAAAGUACAACCGACACUGCUCUCUGACUGUCGAGAAGCUCGAGGCAUGUGGUGUAGUGAUGGGCACCCACAGCAAGAACCGUUAUUCCUUCGCAGAGACUGUUGUACAUCUUCGGGGACUGUUCUCAACCCCCAAGAUAUCCCUUUCAACUGCACUGAUAUGGGUGUCAUGGGCCAUGAUGGGCUUAGCUUACCCUCUGUUCUACGUCUUCCUCCCAAGUUAUCUCGCCUCCCGCGGAGCAAACCUGGACGUCUCAACCUUCGAAACCUGGCGCAACUACACUCUCACCAACAUCAGUUCAAUCUGCGGACCAUUGCUCGCUGGUUGGAUGUGCAACAUACCUCUUCUUGGACGUCGAUACACGAUGCUCAUCGGGGCGCUGAUGACAGCUGCCUUCUUCUUCGCUUACACAUCUGUCCGCACCGGUGCCCAAGACGUCGGGUUCUCGUGCUCCAUUGCCUUCUGCCUGAACAUCUACUAUGGCACCCUGUAUGCCUACACGCCAGAGGUUCUCCCCAGUGCCCAUCGAGCGACAGGAAACGGAGUCGCAGUGGCUUGCAACCGUGUGAUGGGAAUUCUCUCGGCUGUUAUUGCUACUGUGGCGAACACUUCGACUAGUGCGCCCAUCUACAUCUGCGGAGCUUUACUUGUGGCGAUGGGGGUUCUGAGUGCUUUCUUUCCGUUUGAGCCGUAUGGUCGCAGGAGUUCCUGA